AGCGAUUCGGCUCUUCAUGAUGCAUACCAAGCUCGCCGUGUGGUUUGGAGCUCUGCUUUCCAGUGGGGUGUUGGUGGCUCUAGUGGUUAUGGGCCGAUCGCCAACGGCAUUGCUACAGGGAGGAGCGCUGAGAGAUCGCUUUGGGUUUGUAGAUCGAAACUCUGAUCCGGCAAUGUCCAGGAUGAACAAGAUUGUGAAGAGCAUGAGAUUAUCACAAGAAAACCGGGACAUGUCUCAUACUGGUAACGACCAAUGGAGCAGAUACAAAGAUUAUCAGGAAGAGAGCGCGAUCAAGAAGCUUAGAUACGACAUGGAGCGACAGAAGAGGAUCAUGAGUACCAUCCUGCAGAAGCCCACAGCUCCUGUUCCCUUCACCUCCACAGGAUUUUUCAAGUGAAGCUCCCGCAACGGGCAAGGCCCUGGAUCUGCUGUCCCCGCAUCCCUACUCGCAUACCUUGGUUCUUGUUCGACUCUCUCCUGUCUGCCCUGAUCCCUCCUCCUCGUCCUCUCCUUCAACAAACAGCGCGUUGUUUGAUUCUGUUUGUUCGAUUCAUGUCUUACAGCCCAAUGAAACUUCCUCUCUCAGUCUCUCGAUUCACAGCUUUGUUGUCAAUAAAAUCACAAGAGUCA